AUGUCGCCUUACAUCUUUGUACUUUGCAUGGAUAAACUCACUCAUCUUAUUGCUGAAUCAGUGGAUAGUGAAAACUGGCAUCCUUUAAAAGUUGGUAGAUCAAGACCCCCAAUAUCACAUUUAAUGUUUGCGGAUGAUUUGCUCUUGUUUGGAAAGGCUACAGAAAUAAAUAUGAAAGCCAUCACAGACUCUUUGGAUAGGUUUUGUGACUUGUCAGGUUUUAAAGAAGCUUCUUCUCUUGGUAAAUACUUGGAUAUUCCAUUAGUGGGCAGGGCUCCUCGAUGCAGUGAUUUUGAGCAUCUAGUAAAUAAAGUCAAACUGAAGCUCUCAGGGUGGAAGACAACAAAUUUAUCUUUUGCCGGGAGAGCGACACUCACAAAAUCUGUUAUUCAAGCAAUCCCGAUUUAUUCUAUGAUGACUACACCUAUUCCAAAAAGUGUUUUAAUGGACAUACAACGACUACAAAGGAAUUUUAUUUGGGGACAUGAGGAAGGUCAAAAGAAAAUGCACAUGAUCAAGUGGGACACGUUGAUGCGGGACACGUUGAAGCUGCCUAAGGAGAAUGGCGGGCUAGCAGUUCAAAACUUGCCUAUCAUGAACCAGGCUUGUCUUAUGAAAAUGGGAUGGAAUUUGAGAGAAGGAAAUAAUAUGCAAUCGUGUGAUAAUUUUCGUCUAUUUGAGAACUGGUCGAUUGGACAUGGGAAAUCAGUCCAUGCUUGGAGGGACAAGUGGUUGGAGGGUGGCAUUGUAUUAGCUCAAUGUAUGGAAAAUAUAACAGAAGAAAUUACUCAGUGGACAGCGAAUAUGGUGGAUGAGGAAGGAAAUUGGAAGACGCGUAUGUUAUCUCUUAUGCUAUCUCCGGAGAUAAUGAGUAGGAUAACAACCUUGCCUCCUCCUAUUGAUACUGAUGGCGCGGAUGAGAGAGUUUGGCCGGGAGAUCCUUUGGGGAGAUUCACCAUUUCAAGUUGCAUGCGGUUACCAUGCGUUAGAGCCGGAUGCAAGGUGGAAACACAUAAGGAAUCUAGUGUUGGAAAAAUAUUAUGA